GCAGAAGGCGUGGCUCCAAGCUGUUUAUAAAUAACAUCUUCAGCAUCUUUAGUCAUCCACACACCUGCUGGGACUCUAACAGGUGCUGCACUACCUUUUACAAACAGAACCGAAGAGAAAAAACAAACCUGCAUCAUCCUCAUUUUCAAGUCCAAGCUUAUCGCCAUGGAACAUUACGUUAGACGCACAUUACAUCCAUAUUCUGAUAUGUUCUGGAAUGGGAUUAUUAGGAUUAUUAACCAGUAUGUGAGAGAUAACCCAAAAUCUCCCAAAACUCAACUGUUCUCUUUACUAGCACUGCUUAAGGUGUAUGUGCCUGAGUCCUACCUCCUGAUGCCUGAGUGUCAACGGAUCCUUGGACCACCUGAUUUCAUCUAUGGAGGCCCCCCCUUUCAAAAGAGAAUGGAACCUUUUUCUGUCUUAAUUACAACAUCCAAUCGAUGCCGUGUACGCAUGAUUGACCUAACACUUGCACAGAGAGCUGUGGAGCUACUAGCUUCCUUAAGGAUUUACAGGAGUGCUACAUUGAGGAAAUUUAUGUGCUUACUUUGUGGAGAUCAGGCCCAAGAAUAUGUCAUGAACUUCAUCAAAGAUUUGCUGACAAAGAGGGAGAUGGGAGAGAAAGGUAAAGAGAAGUUCUCAAGGUUGAUUGAAGAUAUAGUGAAGAAUGAGGAUUUUAAAUAUGCUGUCUCUGUCUUGACAGUGGCAUCAGAUAAAUUCAGUCAGAUAUUCAUUUUCCCCCAAACUCUUUCCCGUCUCUAUUACAUUAAAAAAUGGACCCCUGACUAUGAAAGAGCUGAAGAAUGGGCAAAGAGAGCCAUUCAAAGAGCUCCACGUAAUUCUUAUGUAGCUGACACUCUUGGGCCAGAUUUAUAAGAACCGUUUGAGGAAAGCCAAUCUAACAACGAGGACAUCUUAAACAUGGCAGAAAAAGGCCUUCGAAGCAUUUAAAGAUGUGGAGGUAAAAGCUGAGAGAGAAGUGGACCCAGAGAUGAGGGACAUAGCAGGUAUUGAAGACACUUUCAAAGUCCUUCAACAACAGAGGCUUUUUUGGCUUCAUUCAAGUGGCAAAGAUAGUCUUUGAGAAACUCUCUGAACAGCAACGCACGAGUUUGGUCCAAAACAAAAAAUGGAAGUUGAAGACAAGUUUGACUUUUUUGAGUGGUACCUAACCUACUCCAGGCCUGACAUGGAAACUUUAGAGCCAGAUUACUUCUGGCAGGGAUGUUGCAGUUUGUUACAACUACUACACAACAGAAUACAGCAGCUGAAUCCACCAGCUUCCCAGGCCUUCUUGACUGUCUGAAUCAUGGCCUUUUCACAUCAAGAGGAAAACGUGCUGGGUUUGAGGAGGAUGAGAAAACUGUUUCUGAUUUAGAGGAAAUCCAAGAUCUUUUGAAAACCACCUAUGAAGAAAACACUGAUGAUGUCAACGUAGCAGAGAGGUACAUCCUCUCCAACAUCAUCCUGAGCAACAGGACGCCUGAUUCUCCUCAGCUGACCCCGGUGAAUGAACUCCAAAGAAUAACUCACAGAUUCUUGGGCUCUCCAGAGGGCCACAGAAGCCCUGAGUUUUACCUUUUGGUUCUGCUGUUGUUUUGGCCUGAGGAACAGCCUCAGGUGGUGCAAGAAGAGGAUGAUGAAAAGGUGGAACAAGAGGCCACAGGAGAUGAUGGGUCAGAAGAAAAAACCUGGGAGGAUGAGGACAGUAAUGAGGUAUCAGAAACAGAAGGAGAGCCUGCACAACUGCCUCAUGACCUGCAACAGUAUGUCACUUUCAUGGAGAGAGCAUAUGACAGAGGCAGUUAUGCCAAGUACCUUCGUGGCCGUUACCUUUUGCCUCUGUUUUUUCUGGGAAAGGGCUCUGGACUGAGCAAAUGGAUUCACAAAUCAAAGCUGGAUGCAAUUGUGGAAAAAAUGGUGGAUGCUGAGCAGCCUCAAAGUAAUAAAGAUAAAGUAAUGUGGAUCAAAAAUAUGUGGAUCAGUGGGAAAGUGUGGCAAAUACCAGAAAUCCAAGAGAUCCUUCUCCCGGUCAGGGUAGAGCCCUGCCACACUUCCAUCAUGUCACAGGAGCAUGAAGAAAUGUUUGUUUGUGUUGGAGGGAAGAAAAUAAAAGCUUCAGUAAAGGAUGAACCUUCAGUGCUGAGCCCCAUUCGUUUCUAUCUUGGCUUCACCAUUCGGGGUCCUGUCCUCUUCAAAGUUCCUCACAUGUCUGGACAGUGACUGACAGUGAACACUGUGGUACUGUAAGAAACAGGCAACGAACAUUAGCUUGACAUUGAUUUGAACCAGAGUGGUGGAUCACCAACAGAUCACCGUUGCCAUCCCUAGACCAUGGCUCGAGUGUUGUUAAAUAUAAAUGCUUUUGGAACAGAGAAAUAUAUAAAAUCACAAAAAAUAUCUGUAAGUUAAAUAAUAAUAAAUAAUCUGUAAGUCUUUUUAAGUUAUUUUUUUACACUGUAUGACUCAGAGGGAAAGUCAAAUGGUGUCUUGAAUCAACUGUAUGGUCAUUUUUGAAGUUGUAGUAGAUGGUGGUGGUGUAUAGUCAAACCUUCCACAAAUUAUUUUUAUUUAUUCUGCAUUAUCCAUUUCUGUGUUGGUAGAUGAGUUCAUAAUAAUUUGCUUUCAGUGUCAUUUUUACAUGUUUUAACAUAUUUAUCUAUUAAUUUUUUUUAAUGUGGCUGAUAAUAUUGUAGCUUUGGCUUCAAACAUUAACCAAACUGUAUUCUUGCUUUAGUUGUAAUGAGUGGAAAUACUCAGCUGAAAAAGUUGAAUUAAUAUGAACAUUAGGGCUGAAUGAAGAAAAUAACAAGCAUUAUUUUUUUUUCCUGAUACUUUUUUAUUUGUUUUAAUUUUUACUUUUUAAAAUACAGCCCUCUUAUAUGUAUUUUUAUGAUAUGAGUUUUAUGAUAUUUUAUGAGGUGUUGGUUGUAUUCUUAGAGCUUGGAUGUAUAAUGUAUGCGUAUGUUGAAUAAUAAUUUGUAAAAAUGUAAUUGAAGGUAAUGUAUGCAGUUUCUUUGACAAUAAAUUCAAACCUGCAGUGGCAUCCUU